AGAAUUUAGUUUCUGUUAGAUAAGCUCAGCGUUUAGGUUGUUUGGUGGCGUGUUAUGUUCGAUUUUUUUUUCAAAAUAAUAUAUGUCACAUAAUUCGUAAUAAUUAACGAUUCGCCGUGUGUCGAGUUUCGAUUCGAUUUUUAAGCAUGAUUAUUUGUAAUAUAUUAUUUGCGGAAUAUUUACGGUAAUUUUUCGCGUUCGUUGUGGCCAUUUUUCGGCAAUUUUGUGUGCUUUACCGGUAUCUCUGCAUAUCUGCUGCGGUCGUAGUAAUUUUUUUUUUCAUUCAUGACGUCUAAUUUAAUAUAUGUAUUUUGUAAAUUAUUUUUUCGCUCGGAAGUGGUGUUUUAGUGUUACUACACUUAUGAAAUAUAAACAACAAAUCUCCCGAUUCGGUAUUUUACCAUACGCACGUGUUUGUUUAUUAUAGUAUAAUUUGUGCAGUGAUCGUAGUUAUAUUACGAUAAUCGAAAGUGGAAGCGUUUAAGUUGCUCGGAGUACUAAGUGAUCCCAUCAUCACGAUGGUCUGGCGACAGGCACUCGUAUUUUACGCAUUUUUCAUAUCGAUCGUCAAAAUACAACAGGUGGUUUGCUCCGGGGUAUUUGAACUUCGGUUAAAGUCUUUUAUUAACGAGAAUGGCAAAGACAGCCUGGGGCAGUGCUGCAGCGGCGUACAGAAGGGCGCAACUUGCGUCGGGACGUGUAGUACGCGUUUCAGAGUCUGCCUGAAACAUUUUCAGCAGAAAAUCGACACGUCCACGUGCACCUUUGGAAACGUCAUCACCCCGGUGCUGGGCAGCAACAAUGUCCACCUGACCGAUGGAGCGCUGGAUAUACCCGGAUUCGCGAAUCCCAUCCGGUUCCCGUUUGAUUUCUCGUGGCCGGGCACGUUUUCAUUAAUUGUUGAAGCCUGGCACGAUGCGACCUCCGGUAAUACAUCUGCAGACGAUGCUGGAGUUUUAUCGAAUGCCUCCUCGGGUUUUGACAUCGGCCCAGGACGCGUUCUGAUUAGUCGUAUAUCGGAUACGAAAUAUUUAGAAGUGAAUUCGAUGUGGACUCCGGUUAAAUUCGAAUCGUCGAAUUCGUCGAUCUCGUUCGAAUUUCGGGUUAUGUGCGACGUUCACUAUUACGGUGCCGGUUGUGCGAAUCUGUGUCGACCUAGGGACGAUGGCUUCGGCCAUUACAGUUGUUCGCCGUCCGGAGAAAGAAUUUGUUAUUCUGGAUGGAAAGGAGAAUAUUGCACGAAACCGAGGUGUGCGGUUGGCUGUGAUGAAACGCACGGAUAUUGCAACAAGCCCGGAGAAUGUUUAUGCCACGUCGGUUGGAAAGGACGAUUGUGCAGCGAAUGCGAAAAGUAUCCGGGAUGCAUACGCGGUACAUGCUCGAAACCGUGGGAAUGCCUGUGCGACGAAGGCUGGGGCGGACUGUUUUGUAAUCAGGAUUUGAAUUAUUGUACGAAUCAUAAGCCGUGCAGAAACGGCGGCACUUGUUUUAAUACCGGACAAGGCUCGUAUACUUGUAGUUGCCCGCCCGGCUACACCGGUACCGAUUGCGAUAUCAGGCUUAGCGAUUGUUCGCAUAAACCGUGCUUGAACGGAGCCGCGUGUAAGCAAAAUGGAACCAGUUACCAAUGCGAAUGCUCGAAAGGAUGGUACGGUACGCAUUGCGAAAUCGCCGUACAAACGUGCGAAGUGAAACCCUGCAAGCACGGAGGCACCUGUCGCGAUACCAUUCACGGAUACAAAUGCUCGUGUCCGGCCGGAUUCAACGGAGCCGAAUGCCAAAACGUCGUCAAUCACUGCACGCCGAACCCAUGCUCGAACGGAGGCAAUUGCACCGCUCUGCCGCACAACCAAGGCCACAAAUGCUCCUGCCCUAGCGGCUUCACCGGCAAAAACUGCGAAACCAACAUCGACGACUGCAAAGGCAACCCUUGCCGGAACGGAGGCACCUGCGUCGACCUCGUCAACAACUACAAAUGCCACUGUGUUCCCGGCUACGCGGGUCUGCACUGCGACCAAGAGGUAGACUACUGUAAGGCGAAACCGUGCGCUAACGGAGGCGUCUGCGAAACCCUGCUCAACGAUUACCAAUGCCGAUGCAAGCCCGGCUUCAGCGGCAAAGACUGCAGCGUCGAAGUGGACGAAUGCGCGCCCCCUAACCCUUGCCAAAACGGCGCCACCUGCCAACGACUCAGCAGCGGAGCUUUCGAGUGCAACUGCGCCAACGGCUACAGCGGCCAACGUUGCGAAAACGACGACUCGUCGGCCAGUCCGAACGCCAUUAUCGCCAACGACCGACACAUCGCCAUAGCCAGCGUAGCCGCAGCCGCAGCCGGCGGCGGCUCGGACGAAGCUUACGCGGAAAAAGUGGACGGCAAUCGAUGGUUCAUGAUCGUCGUCGUAUCGGUAUCCGUUCCUAUUCUAGUCAUUAUCGCGGUCCUGAUCGUCACCCGCAUGAAACAGCGAAGGGAACGCGACCAAAAGAAAGCCGACGACGAGGCGCGCAUGCAGAACGAGCAGAACUCGGUCCACAGCAGCGUCACGAUGACCAAAAGAGGCGAAACGCACAUGAUCAAAAAUACCUGGGGUCAGUGCGUGAAAAACGUCGACGUCGAUACGGGCGCCGGCGACCUAUGUUACCCGAAACAGGUGCAGUACACCGCGCUGCCGGCCGCCGAUCCUAACCUGGCGCCGGCCUACACGCUGCAGCGGAGCAGAUCUCAGAAACAGCUCAACGUCGAUCCGCCGCUGCACAGGCAUAGCGUCUGCAACAGGGUUUCCUGCAAAGAUCUCGAUAACAUUGUAAGGUCCAGUACACCAGCGUCGCUAGACAACAGACUGUCCGUCUUAUCAAUUAAUAUAUCUCAUUCUAAUUUAAGUGAUAGCUCAUUAAAUAAGCAACAUAGUUCGCAGUUGCUGGAGAAAGAUAAAAGUGUUCACAACAAUACGUUAAACAGUUCCGUGCUAAAUAGUUCAAUUGGCGGCGGCAGCAGUAGCAACGGAGGCGUUGGUGGCGGUAACGGCAGUAGUGUCUAUGUGAUAGACGAGCACUUCACGCAAACGUUAUUCGCUACCGAAGUUUAGCGGUUCUUGUUCCUUUGAUAUAUUUAUAUAAAUAAAAUAGGUGUAUACGUGAAAGAAAAGAAGAAGAAAAAAAAAGCCACAAGUAUAUAAGAGAAGAGAUGAGAUGAAAUGAAACAAAACGAAACUACCACAUUCGCAAUUGGUUUUAUUUCUCGCAGCCAACUACCUAUCUAUCUACCGACGUUCAUCGUUUAUUUAUCGAAGAAGACUAACUAUAAACCUGAUUUAGACCUUAGAGAAUAUUAUUCGAAAGGAAAGUACAUUUUUUUUUGACAUCCUUGAUACUAUUUUGCUCUCCAAACGUUCAUUGUUUUUUCUACAUUUUGUUUUUUGUGUGUAAUUUGUGUUUGUUCGUUUUUUUUUUUUUUUGAUACGUAAUCUACGAUGAUAUUGGUUGAUUUUUUUUUUUUUUUGUGAUUUUCGAAUCGACUUUCCCAGUGAAUUAUUUUACUCGUUUAUUAGACCUUAUUUUGAAAUUGACUCAUUUUUUUGACAUUUUUUUUGUGGACUCGAAGAUUAAAAAAAGAUAACGUAAAAAUCCGUAUAUGAAAAUCGUCCAUUAAUUUUUUUUUCCUAUUCAUAAAUGACGUAUGAAUGUUGAAAUAUUUUUUUUCCUCGAACGAAUUUAUCGGGUAUGUACUUGUGAAAAUAUUAAUUCGAUUUCUCGAACAUAUUUGCUAGUCACCACGUAUAAUAAUUACUUGUUUGUUUUUUUUUCUUUGCGAGAAACAUGACAUCUCUGUUAAAGUGACUCUUAUGAUAUACCAUAAUAUAAGUAUAUUGUUUUCCCUUUUUAUUUUAACUUUUUUUUUUUUUCAUUUUGUUUAUGUAUACAAAGCUUAUUAAUUUAUUUGUAUAGAUAUACGAGAUAUUGUUAUUUAUUUUUGUAUUGUGAUCUUUACUGAAACGAAAUUCUAAGUCAAACUUGAUGAAUGACGAAUGAACAUGUGUAAACUCCCCCUUUUUUUGACUGAUUACUUUGUAAUGUUAAGUUUUUCCCAUUUUUUUGUACGUGCGUAUAAUUGAGAUAUUUAUUAUAUAUUUGUUAAUUUAUUGUAAAGAAAAUGUUGUUGCCAUUGAGUUUGUUGGACGUGAUUAAUUUUUAGCUAAGGAUGUUUGUUUCGUUUAUAUAAAAAAAAAUAUGUUCCUGUUACUUUGUAGGUUGUCCGAUAUAAUGGUACUAUUGAGUUUGGCUUCAUCGUUGAAGCGUUUUCGCCUCCUCGUGUACUCGUUCGUAUAUUUUUUUUUAUUAUUAUUGUGUACUAUGUAAUCGUAUAUUUGUUUUGUUUGUUUUUUUGUUUUUAUUAUUUUUUUUUCUCUCUUAUUCGAAAGCACUGCUGUGCCCGAUACUAUAUUAUUCCGUUGGUCGGUGAUCAAAAUUAUUGAAUAACGCGGGGUCAAACUCGUCUACCAUUUAUUGUUGCUUUUGUCUAUUUUUAUCGAUUAAUGUGUUUUUGUACUUAAAAACAAUUUUUUUUUUUUUUUUUCGUUUCUCUCGUAUUAGAAAUAUAUAAGCGAGUAAGGUAAUACUCCUAUGAAAAAAAUUUGUACGUGUAUAUGUUUGUAAAGGAUAAAGAAAAUGUACAUUACGAGUAUAACGAAGUUUGUAACAUUUGUAGUAUAACAUACUGUUUAUAUUGUUUUGAAUAAUACAUUUAAUUAUUUUA